CAUGUGUGCUUGCUCGUCAUUCUACCUCACGUCAAGUGUCAAUGGCAUUUCUGCAAGAAAUCGUAGUUUUGGGUCUUCUAGUCCUGUGCAUGACUGCAGCGGUUUCUUCACAUAGCAGGCAUUCGCGUUACACGCCUCCUAAUGUUAUGCGAUUAACUGAUGCUUUUAGUCAUGUCUCAAUCGGUCAAGAAUAUUCUACUUUUUUUGGAGGCUCAAAUACUAAGCUGCUAAAUAACGGGUCUUCUGCUAAUCUUGCUCUUGACAAAUCCUCAGGCUCGGGAUUGGCCUCGCGGAACAAAUAUUACUAUGGAUUCUUUAGUGCUGCCAUAAAGUUGCCGUCUGGUCUGUCCCCUGGUGUUGUAGUAGCCUUCUAUCUGUCUAAUGCAGAUAAUUACCCGCACAACCAUGAUGAGAUUGACAUUGAACUUCUUGGUCAUGAUAUGAGAAACGAUUGGGUCCUUCAAACCAAUGUCUACGCAAAUGGAAGUACCGGCACCGGAAGAGAAGAGAAAUUCUAUCUUUGGUUUGAUCCCACAGAGCAGCACCAUCAUUACAGCAUCAUUUGGAACAGUCAUCACAUUGUGUUUCUAGUGGACAACGUACCAGUAAGAGAGUUUGCCCACAGCAGUUCUUACCCUUCUGUGUAUCCAUCAAAGCCUAUGUCUCUUUAUGCAACAAUAUGGGAUGGUUCUCAGUGGGCAACCCAUGGAGGAAAAUACCCAGUUAACUACAAAUAUGCUCCAUUUGUGGUUUCCUUUGCAGAGAUGGAAAUGACUGGUUGCAUUUUCAACCAAACUGCCCUCGUUACUUCAUGUUCUAAGGCUAAUCCUUCGAGCUUGGACCCUGUUGACGGACCGGAGUUUGUUAGGCUGUCAAACGAACAGAGUGUGGCAAUGGACUGGGCAAGAAGGAAGCUCAUGUUCUACUCUUACUGUAACGAUAGAUCCAGGUUCAAGGCCAUGCCACCUGAGUGCAAAUAAUUUUAUCUUAUUUUUUAUUUGUUCAUAAUCACCUCAAAUUGUAUUACUUUUCCUUCUUGGAAGGAAACAAAAUAUAUUAACAUUAUUUACCUUA